GCAAACAAGCAAAAUGCAGCACCAGCAUUGAUUCUGGCAUUGGUCAAUAGUGUUAAAAGUGUAUCACUGCUGUUCCAUAAUCCACACCACACUCUCCAAUACAAUUAAUUGUUCUUUGCUUGUUCCUUGUUUCUUAACUUUUCAGGCAGCAGGGGAUUAUGGAGUCUAAAUCUUUAGAUCCUUCCUGGCAGCAGACCUCAGCUCUGGGAAAAAGCUUCUGGGAAAAGGUUCCUGAAGAAUUUGACUUCUGGACUCCUGUCUUCAUCCCUCAUUUUUCUUACUCUGAUCUCUGUGCUUUAAAGCAAUUUAAAGCACCUUCUCUGGCUUCUGUUAUCUUUUAUUGAUGUGAAGGCUGAUUAAGCUUUCAUUCACAAGUAUUACUGUAAUCGGUGCUCUUGGGUCGGGGGCUGAACUACUCCAGGCAGUUGCCCGCUGGUGCGGUGUUGUUGUAAUGGCCAUCCAUUAACCGGUUCAGACUAGACUGAUGGCAAUAUAAAUGCUCCUUUAGAGAGAAGUAGCAAAUUUACCCAGCUUGACCAGAAGUAGCGCAUAUUAGAUGAGUUAACAAAGUGGGUUUAUUUUUUGAGGGGUUAUAUUACAUUGACUUUUUCAAUUCCUUUGUGAAGUGCUAUAAAGAACCUGAUUUGUGUGGUACAGCCAGGAAACCUUGUCAGGAACCCAACCUCUGUCAAAGCUGUAGCAGAUCCCAGGUGGCAGCAGUAACCUCAUCACCAUGGCAGCAUCUACUACAGUGCUGGAUGGAGGCUGGGGAUGGGCAAUUGUUGUGGCUUCCUUCAUGGCCCAGCUCCUGUCCUAUGGAUCACCCCAGUCGGUGGGUGUCCUGUAUCCUGAGUGGCUGCAUGCUUUCCAGGAAGGCAAGGGCAUGACAGCCUGGGUGGGCUCCCUUGUGGCUGGAGUGGGACUAAUAGCCAGUCCUGUCUGUAGUGCCUGCGUUGACAACUUUGGGGCUCGUCCUGUGACCUUUUUCAGUGGAAUAAUGGUGGCAGGCGGCCUGAUGCUCAGUGCCUUUGCUCCGAAUGUCCAGUUCCUCAUCUUUUCCUAUGGGAUUGUGGUUGGCCUGGGUUGUGGACUAGUCUACGCAGCCACGUUGACAAUCACCUGCCAGUAUUUUGACAAGAGGCGCGGUCUUGCUCUCGGCAUUGUUACCACAGGCACCAGUGUUGGAGCAUUCAUCUAUGCCACUGCUCAGAAUGAGUUGAUUGUGCUCUAUGGCCUGGAUGGUUGCCUGCUGAUCAUUGGUGCUGUAGCACUAAACCUCAUGGCCUGCGCCGGCUUCAUGAGGCCCCUUAACAUGCCGGGGUACUACCUCAAACAGAAGGCCGCCCUGGAACGCAACACUGGAGAGCAGCUUUUGGAGAAGCCUGCACUGAAUGGCCUGAAGAUCACUACAGGUUCCACUGCAUCCACUCCAGAGAAAACAGUGAAGGAGUUGCUCAUCACUACUGAUGCCAAGGACUUGGCCAAUCAGACAGAGAAGAAUAAAGGUAGCUUCCUGGCUGGGCUGGCCAUCAUAAAAAUCAUAAAGAAGAAACAGCAGGCAUACACCAAGUACAUUCACUCCAUGUAUGAGAUCUUGCAGGACCAAGCCAUGGUGGCUUUCUGUAUUGCUAUCUUCCUGUUCAGCCUGGGGGCAUUCCCUCCAGUGCUCUUUAUAGAGGAUGUGGCACAGAGUGAAGGACUUGUGGAAGAAGUUAGUGUCAUUCCUCUGGUAUCAAUAGGGGCCAUUGCCACUUGUGUGGGUAAGCUAGUGCUGGGUAUCCUGGUGGACAUCAGGUGGAUGAACAGCAUCUAUCUGUAUGCCUUUACCAUGUUUGCAGGAGGUGUGGCACUGUUCUUUAUUCCUAUCACCAAGAGUUAUGUGGGGCUCCAGAUCCUGUCUGCCAUCCUGGGUUUCUUCUCUGGAAACUGGUCACUUACCUCUUACAUUACCACAAAGAUUGUCGGUUUGGACAGACUGACACAAGCCCAUGGCAUCCUCAUGUUCUUCGGGGGAUUUGGGAUCAUGCUUGGACCCCCUGUUGUUGGGUGGUUCUUUGACUGGACACAGUCAUAUGAUAUGGCCUUCUACUUUAGCGGGGGCUGUGUGGUGCUCGGAGCUUUUCUUCUUUUUCUGCUCACAUUUCCCUGCUUGAGCAGGAAGCAUCCAGAGAUUGACAGACCAGAUGUGCAUUACACCAGCAACUGUGACAAAGUUGCUUCUGUAGCCUGUAUAUGAGCAACCUUUAUAAGGACCAAAAUCUCACUCCUACUGGCCAGCAACUGUCUGCUGACAAACUGUACCAGAAGCACCUCUAGCAAGAAUUAGUUUCUUUGAAUACACAGGGGUUUCCCCUUACUUCUGCUGCCAAGUUUUAAUAUACCAAAACAGUUGUCAGAGGUUUUGACAUGCAGGCCUUUCUGUACUUUGCCUGUGUUUCUCAGCUUCACCUCAUAUAUGUCAACUUUUUUUAAAAAGUUUGGGUCAGAUACCUUUUUCUGCCUCAUUUUAUGAGGUGAACUGAACAAUAUUGUUCAACUCCCAAAUUCUACCUUGUGUUUAUGCGGGUUUCGUUUCACUUAUAGCUCUGAAAAAAGAUAUGGUGCCAUUCAUAACACUGGGAAGAAAAUAUCAGUAAAAUGAUGGGUGAUAAUUUAACUCAAUAACAUUUGAAACCACUCUGCAUAGAAAAUGUCCCAGGAAUCUUAAUGGAACAGACAGUACAGAGAUUGGAAUGAAAGCGUGAGCCUUUUUUAAAUUAUAUUAAUUAUAGCAAUACAUUCUUAUUUUGUAUUUUUGGUUUUAAAAUAUACCUUAUACAGACAUGAAUAAGGUGUGCUGUAAAAACAUGAAGAGAUCCUACUGUAGUUCCAAUCUAGACAGCAUGUGGAGUGUCUUUGUGGCAUGAUUAUCAUGACUUCCACUGGUAUUUAUUUUGACCAGGCUGGUCCCUUUCCAUGUUGUGAAUCAGUAUGUUUUAUGUGUAUGUUCUAUGUGCACAUCUGCACAACAUGUUCACAUACAUGCACAGGGUUGUGAGUGUGCAUUGAUAAAAUUUUGUAUUAUUUCUUGUUUGUAAUGGCCUAUAUACUAGUGACUUUAUACACACAAAAUUGGUCAUGGAGCUGUAAAACAGUGUUUUUGUUUUAAUUUGGAAGUUGAUUAUUGUGAUUGUAAUUGUAAUGAAUACAUUGUAAUAUGCUGAACAACGUUAUGUAUAUUAUAACAAAUGUCUUUUUGUCAUUUCCAAUUCCAUUUAUAAGGUUAAAUCUGGGAUGUUAAUGUUUGCUUUUGUGUUUGUAGAGGACAUUUACAGGCUGCAGAUUAGGUACAAUUAGUACUGACCUGGAAGCAGCUGGCUGUCCAUUUUUAGCUAAUCUAAUUUUUUAUUCUAGUAUCAUAUUUAUGUUCAUAUUUCUGUUAUAUGUUAUUUAAAAAUGUGCCAAUAAAAUGUUUGGAUUAA